AUAUGAGGUGACCACGGAACCACAGAUUGGACUCAUUCAUUCCGCGCAGCAGUAGUGCUUGCUACCAUUCAGGCACUUUCAACCUCCAGAAUGCCCCGACCCACGGCCCCCAACCACCAAGGAGGAAGUACUUUGUCGCCCCUGUGACGUUUCCUACCUUGGUCUGUGCACAGAGUUUACCUGGUCACCACGGUAUUGCAAGCCUCUCCUCCUCGCGUUGCUGAGAGUCCGGGUUUAUUCAUCACAAUGGAAAGCAAUGGCUGCUAAAGAGUACAAAAUGCUUUCCUCCUGUCAGCCGUCAUGUCUGGGGACAACAGCUCCAGCCUGACCCCAGGAUUCUUUAUCUUGAAUGGUGUUCCUGGGCUGGAAGCCACACACAUCUGGAUCUCCCUGCCAUUCUGCUUUAUGUACACCAUUGCUGUUGUGGGGAACUGUGGGCUCAUCUGCCUCAUCAGCCAUGAGGAGGCCCUGCACCGGCCCAUGUACUACUUCCUGGCCCUGCUCUCCUUCACCGAUGUCACCUUGUGCACCACCACGGUACCUAAUAUGCUGUGCAUAUUCUGGUUCAACCUCAAAGAGAUUGACUUUAAUGCCUGCCUGGCCCAGAUGUUUUUUGUCCAUAUGCUGACAGGGAUGGAGUCUGGGGUGCUCAUGCUCAUGGCCCUGGACCGCUAUGUGGCCAUCUGCUAUCCCUUACGCUAUGCCACCAUCCUUACCAACCCUGUCAUCGCCAAGGCUGGUCUUGCCACCUUCUUGAGGAAUGUGAUGCUCAUCAUCCCAUUCACUCUCCUCACCAAGCGCCUGCCCUAUUGCCGGGGGAACUUCAUCCCCCACACCUACUGUGACCACAUGUCUGUGGCCAAGGUAUCCUGUGGCAAUUUCAAGGUCAAUGCUGUCUAUGGCCUUUUUGCAGCCCUUCUGAUUGGGGGCUUUGACAUGGUUUGCAUCGCUGUGUCUUAUGCCAUGAUCUUGCAGGCAGUGGUGAGUUUGUCAUCAGCAGACGCUCGUCAUAAGGCCUUUAGCACCUGUACCUCCCACAUAUGUGCUAUUAUUAUCACAUAUGUUCCAGCCUUGUUCACCAUUUUUACUCAUCGUUUUGGGGGAAAAAACAUUCCCCACCACAUCCACAUCAUUAUUGCCAAUCUCUAUCUGAUGUUUCCACCCACUCUGAAUCCUGUUGUUUAUGGAGUGAAGACCAAGCAGAUCCGGGAAGGGGUAAUCAAGUUAAUUUUAAGGAGAAAGGUAUCCUAGGUAUAAAAUAGAUUCAUUCAUAUUCAAAAAUAAGGAAAACUAAAGAAAAUUUUAUAAAAUAACUUGAAUAUAAAACUAAAACAAAUUGUUUUCAUUACAGAAAGCAAUAUUAAUUGACUAUCGGCUAUAAUAUCAACUGAGUUCUUUUUUCUGCAGAAGUCAUUAAUGACAGAAAUUAAUGAUCUAAAUAAGAAACAAGCCUCCUAAAUUUGAGUUUGCUUUUAUAAAUAUAAUUUCACAUCAUUAUAAUUUUGAGGCUGUUUGAAACAAUUACAUUACAUAGAUUUCUAAUGUGUCUUUCAUGUUGCACAAAUCUGAGAUUUUCAUGUUGCACAAAUCAUUUGUGCAACAUGAAAAGACAGAAAGCCACCAAAAAAGGCCUUAGAGUUUAUAGAAAAAGGCCUUUGAAAUUUGUUUUAGUGAUUUUAUUUACUCUCACUAUUCUUUUCAUGUAUAAUUUUGCACAGCUUUUCUCAGUUAAGAAAAUUAUAUCUAUAUAAGUUGCAGUAACUCUCUAUUAUGAAGGAGAAUAAUAUUUAUAUAUUUGUGUCAACAUGAUCAAAUCAAAGACAGGGAGAUAAGUAAGGAAGGAAUAGAGCUGUGGAAACUUAGAAGAAACAAUCCCUCAAGGGUAAUUCUGAGACAUUGUUGAAGGAGACACAGAAUGCCUUAGAAAUUAUUGCAAGGUGAUAGUAGAAAAUGGAGGAGAUUUGCCAGGAAAACCUGUAAACAUUUGGAUUUAGCUGACUUCACAGAAUUUACCAGUUGCUACCCUACUCUGGACAUACACAUACAAGGAAGGUAUGUGUUCAGAAAAAGAGAAUGAUAAGAAGAAUUCAGUGUCAUAGACUACCAGAGAAAGAGGAUCAAGAGGUGAUAGAGAUGAUGGACGUAAAAAAGAGAGAAUAAGGUGUAGCAAAAGUGAAGUGAUGGGGAGGAGGGAGUACAGUUCACCAUGAGAAGUUGUCAGCUGUUGCAAGCCUGUUAUUAGGAAUAAGUUUUCUGUUUCUUGGUUUAGCAUCAUCAGUGCUAUAUGUACUACCAUAUGCCAAUAUUCUAGCCUUCAGCUGAAGUCCUCACAUUGCAUCUUUCUUACUUUUAUGCUCCAGUCAAGAACCAACUGCAUGCGGAAGGCCUCAAUUAUUGGAACUUCCUGAGUUACAUUAUAGGGAUUUGACAGUACUUUGGAGAAUAAUGUUUUCCCAAAUAUGUGCUACUCUUUGUCUCUUGAGUGAGAAUCAACUCUAUUUAUACCCAGAAUACCAUCGAAAUCUUACAAUAUCCCAUAUGAAACACACACUCUUCUCCUCUCAUUUUAACAAAGAGACAAAAUACAUAUCAAUUGAUUUGAAUAGACAUACAUACUUUUAAAAGUGAAUUCAUGAAACCUAAGGAAGUGAAUGCCAAGGUAUUUUUAAUAGCAAUUUUUUUCAAGCUUAACCGACACAGCUAAAAAUCUAUAAUUUGACUCCAAAGAGAUUUUGGUAGCUCAAACAAAGUUUAUAUUAUGAACAAAUCAUGCACAAAUGUUGAUCUUGUCCCCUGUAGCCAGUUCACGUCCCGUAAAGCAAAAUGUGGAGCAGCUGGGAAGCUGUAUUUGGGUCACCGUGGAGCCCUGAACACAGUAUCUGAAGAUACUGUGUAUGCUGAUUCCCAUGCCCUGCAUUUUUCUGUAAUACUAAGUAAACCUAGCUGAAUUUUUUCUUUUUUUAGUUUUGUAAAUUUUAUUGUCAGUACAAACCUUCUAUGGCAACUGGUAUUUGUAAAAUGCACAUUUAUACAUAUUUAAGUACAUAAUUGCAAGUAACUAGUAGAGUGUACUAUUCUCCUGCUAGAAAUUUUUGACACUGUGAGAUAUUAUAUGGAGUUUCCUGAAAUUAUGUCAUAAUAAAAAUGCUAGUAUAAUUUAGGGGGUUAUUUGAUCAUGCUAAGUGGGUAUCUGGGGGGUUUUCCAGUUAGGGUAGCAGUUUGAACAUAAAAAGAAAUGUGCACUCCCCAACACUCCAAACACAUAAAAACACUGGAUUAAAUACAUUUCUGAAAUUAUAGAGAAUGAAACUAAAGGCGUAAGAAAAUUGAGAUUCUACAAGUAAGAAAAGUUAUAAGGGCAAACAGUAGGUGAGGUCUUAUAGUCCAUACUGAGACUCUGCUUGAUCAUACGGCUUCAGUGUUGUUUAUGUCUACAUGUAAAGGUUGAACAGUGCAUGAAACCUAGAUUCUGGAAUCACUGCACAGCCUUUGAUGGGAGCUAAAAUAUUUAUGCCAACCAGCUCAAAGGCACAGAAAAAAAAAUCAAUACAAUAAUUUAAAGAAAGAGCGAUGCAAUGUUUAUCACUAGGGAAGACUCCAUAAAGAUGGGAACAUAUAUAAGAAAUAUUCAGACACUUGUCUUUCUCUACCUAAUCAGUUUUCUCUGUGUGUAGUAAAAAAUACUCAACACACAUCCUGAUAUUUUGUGCAUCUCUCUUAAACUCCCACACUCAAAGAUAUAUGCCCACCUGCAACAUACUGAGGGAAAUUGCAAAUAUAAUAAACAAUAGCGUAGGAAGUAGAAAUUGAAAAAGAAGGAUGAAUAAAUAAGGAUGUAUGAUGAUAAAUUUAGUCCACAAGUCUUCAUUAAUAAUUAACAUAUUUGGGGUACCAGUAGAAUGGACCUUGAUUUAAGGAAUUUCUGGGAACUGUACACUGUACACUAUCUGUGGGUCAGAGAAUAAGCAGCUACAGAAUAAAAGAAUGUUCCCUCAGGAGAGGAGUAACACCAAACAAACUUUUCUAGAAACUGACAAUCGGUGUGAGAACACAUAUAUUAUUCUGUCCUUCGUGUCUAAGUAUGACAAGAUGAGCGAGGUAGAAAACAAAGACGUCUUAUUCUCCACGUUUGUUGAAAAACAGCCAGAAUAGACAGAUCUAGCUAUGGUUGAAGAGGAAUACAGAAGGAAAUCAACAACACAACAAAUAAUAAUUAUUAUAUUGACCUAUAAAAUGUCCUGAUAAAUAAGAGAAGAAAUAGCCUGUAAGAGAACAAAAAGAUUACCAAGAUGUAGAAAAUGUUUACUGCAAGAUUAGAAAGCCUGUUUAAAGAAUAACUACAAAAUGAAUAUAAUUUCAUAUAAUCUAUGAAAAAGGAGAAAAAAUAAUGACAGAAAUGCAUGGAUGACAAGAAUAGAAAAUGAGAUGAUAAGAUAACAGAAUGAGAUUAAACAAUGAUAAAUUAGUAAAGGAAAGUUUAGGCAAGUAAAAACAUAAUACAAAACUAAAAUCUAUGGUUAGAAAGUAAAAUUUUAAAGUUAUUCUUUUAAAUUAGUGACAUAAAGGUAAACAUUAAAAGUUGUUAUACAAUGCAGUGAGUAAAGACAUGAGAUAAAAAUGUUUAAAGAAGAUAAAGGAUAGAGAAUAAAGACAGAACAUAAAUAUCCUUUGUUUUAAUAAUGCAGAGCUCAAAGUGACUGAAGAAUAAAUGGUAUUAAAGUCGAGGAAAGAAUAAAUUCAAAUGUAUUAGUGAUGCACGUGUGCAAGUCUAAAGAGCAUACCACAAAGAAAAAGCAUUUCAAGAGAAUCAUUUGCAUCUAUAGUCUAAGAGAUUUGAACUAUAAUUAUGAUAAAAAGAAAAUUCAGUCCACAUAUGAAAGAAAAAUAACAGGUUAAAUGUAAGGAAAAGAAAAUAAAGAAAUGGUAAAGAGAAAUAAGAGAAAAGGGGAAGAAGAAAAGGAGUAGGGGACGGGAGAGAGGGAGAGAAGAAAAGAGGCAAGGAGAAGAAAUGCAGAUUCCUAUGGUGUCAAAUUUCAGAAGAGUGGAGAUAAUUUGUUCUGAGCUUUUAAAAAGGCAAUGGUUAUACUGCAAAUGAUCUAUGUUGUUCUAUGAAACAUUAUUUUGGUAUUUUUAUUGCUGUAAAAUAUUCCAGUUUAUGAAUGUACUACAAUUUAUUUAUUCAUUAUACUCCUGAGGGACAUUUUAGUGGGCCCCUAUAAAUAAUGCUUCUAUGAACAUUCUUGUGUAUAUUUUUUGGAGCACACAUUUACAUGUUGGUUUUAAACCCAAGUGGAAUGUCUGAAUUUUAGAAUGAUCACUUUUGGAAUAGAGUAUAAACUGUAUUCCAAGAUGAUUUGUACCAGUUUAAACUCUCACCAAGUGUAUAGGAAUUCCAGUUACUCCACAUCUUCUCCCACACUUGCUAUUGUCAGUGUUGUAAAAUCCACACUUUUAAUUUGGGUUUACCUGAUGACGAAAGAUGGGACACAUUUUCGUAGAUUGUGUGCCAUUUGAAUUGUUUCUUAACUGGCAGUUUGAGACUUUUGUCCUUUUCUUUAGUUAUUUUUCUUUUAGUUUUGAUGUAUAAAAUUUCUUUAUAUAUUAUGAAUAUGUCUCUUUUAUCAGUUGUAUAUGUUAGCACACAUUUUCUUCCAAUCUGUGGCUUCCAUUUUUAUUAUCCAUUAUAUUUUGUUUUUAUUAUGUUUUAUUUUGAUAAACAAAAUCUAUUAAUUU